ACAGAGAGAACAGCGUGUGAAAGGACAGGCUGCGCACGCAUGUCCGCAAUCCGCAUAGUGCGGUAGGCUCAUGUGCUACAAAAAGGCCACAGAGCUGCGCAUGCGCGUCUAGAAUCGGGGGUGGGGGGGUGUCUCACCCUGCGCAUGCGCAUCUACAGACGCUGGUGGGGGAAGCGUGCAAGAGAAACAGUCUCUUCUUUAACGCUUCUUGUGCCGGGCGCCGCCGAGCGGUUAGAGGUACUGGUGGCGCCUCCUGACGCUGCGGCUUCGGCCCGCCGUCACGUGGGCGUGACGCCGCCGGGAGAGGGGCGGAGAGACCGCAGGGUGCUCUGUGGUGGCAGUGGCUGGCGAUGGCCCAGGCUCCCAUGGAGGAAGAGGAGUGCCCCGAGCUGGUUCCCAUAGAGGAUCAGGAGAUUUUGGGAGAAGAGGCUGAACUCAGCCACGGCACCAAGAUCCCAGUCACUAUCAUCACAGGUUAUUUAGGUGCUGGGAAGACAACUCUUCUUAACUAUAUUUUGACAGAACAACAUAGCAAAAGAAUAGCAGUUAUUCUAAAUGAGUUUGGAGAAGGAAGUGCCUUGGAAAAAUCCUUGGCUAUAAGUCAAGGUGGAGAACUCUAUGAAGAAUGGCUAGAGCUCAGAAACGGUUGCCUGUGCUGUUCAGUAAAGGACAAUGGCUUGAAGGCUAUUGAGAACCUGAUGCAGAAGAAGGGAAAGUUUGACUAUAUACUACUAGAAACCACUGGAUUGGCAGAUCCAGGUGCUGUGGCCUCCAUGUUUUGGGUUGAUGCUGAACUCGGAAGUGACAUAUAUCUUGAUGGUAUUGUGUCUGUUGUUGAUGCUAAGUAUGGAUUGCAGCAUUUGACAGAGGAAAAACCUGAUGGCCUUAUCAAUGAAGCAACUAGGCAGGUUGCACUAGCUGAUCUAAUAAUCAUCAAUAAAACAGAUUUGAUUUCACAAGAAGAACUGAAUAAACUAAGAACAGCUGUCAGGUCAAUAAAUGGACUUGUCAAAAUUUUAGAAACUCAAAGAUCAAGAGUUGAUCUCUGUGAAGUUUUAGACCUGCAUGCUUUUGACAGCUUAUCUGGGAUAAGUUUGCAGAAGAAGCUGCAGCAUGUGCAGACUACACACCCACACCUAGAUAAGAGUAUUGUUACGAUUACAUUUGAAAUAUUAGGAAACAUAACUGAAGAAACUCUAAAUGAAUUUAUUCAGAAUCUUCUGUGGGAGAGGAGUGUGAAAGACAAGGCUGGUCGUCCCAUGGAGGUCAUAAGACUCAAGGGGUUGGUAUCUAUUAAAGACAAAUCCCACCAGGUGAUUGUCCAAGGUGUCCAUGAACUGUAUGAUCUAGAAGACACCAUGGUAAGCUGGAAAGAGGAUGAUGAAAGAACAAACAGAUUGGUUCUAAUAGGCAGGAACUUGGAUAAGGAUAUCCUUAAACAAGUAUUUAUAGCUACCAUGAGAGAAACAGGAAAACAGUUGACAUCACACCACAAAGAAGAAGAAAUAUCUGUCCUUAACACUGCAAACUUUUAUAAUAAUGGAUGACGUACAAUACAGUAGCUUCAUUUUGCUCUUGCAAUUUAUACAAUUGUUAAACUCUGAAUUUGACAUUACUCCUGUUACGAAUUCCAAAUCAUCUAUUGUUUAAAUAUUUGUAUUUAUGUUACAGAAUAAAAUAGAGUAAAAUCGUGUUUCUAAAAUUUUGGCAUGUGUUUAAAUGAUGUAAUAUAUGUAUUCACAGAAAUAAUUAAGGAUAAGGUUUUUUUCUGGUGUUUGUGUAUGGGUCAUGUAGUAUUAUGACUGAGGAUAUCUGGUGCACACACAAUAGAGAAAUUUAGAGCGCCCCAAAACAAUUCUGAGGCUACUGCUCCAUCCUGUUGGUUCUUUUAAUAAAAAAAUAAUUAAAAAAACAUCAUUGCCUCACUGGGAAUAAUCAGUCAUAGUAGAGAGAGAGUCAGGUAAUCAUGUUGUUUAGCUACAUAUUACCUUUCUCUUUCAUACCUUUUUUAGAUCUAAAGUAAAGAUGAUCAGUCACCUUUUCAAAUAGCUUUAAAAUGAUUGUAUAAGUAAAACUACAAAUACCUUAAUGAGAGAUGUACAAAGUUAGGUAAAGGAUAAUAUCAACAUAAACAUAACUACACCCUCAAUCACAUUUUCAUAGAAUUGAGAUCCGUAAAUGACCUCUUAGAUCUUCAAGGCUAUGACUCUGUCAGUAUUGAAUUUUUCUAUAUAGGGCAUUUUCUGUUGUGUUAUCCAAGAUGUCCAGUGCAAUUUCUCCCCUUUUUCUGUGAGAUUGUAUGACUUUUUUUUUUUUUCUGGCAGUGCAUAUUGUUGCUGUGAAGGGAACUUAAAAUAAGGUUUGUAUCUAUGAUCUUCAUUUCAAGUGUAUGUGACAUAAUCCUCUGAUUUACGGAGUAGCCAUAAUGCUAUGCUAGUACAGUAUAAUGUGAAGAUGUUUAGCAGAGGGAUCAGGAAGAGAUGACUUGUUAACCCUGUAGUUACAAACAAGGGGAAGUGUUUAAAUAUUAGUUCCCGUCUGCUGCCACCACAACUCUUCUUGGAACAGUUUAAUUCUGGGAGGAUCCUGCAAUAUCAAGAAACAGAUAUUUGCCAGUGGUCCCCCCUCCCUCAAAACUCCCCCCAGCUUCCAGCCAGAGUCAAAGCGAAUUGUGUGGGUUUGAAAAGAAUGCAGGAUUGCCUGGCAGGACACACCCCAGUGAUAUACAUCUUUCCUUAGGGGAAAAAAAAUUAGUUAACUGUUAUUUCUAGCCCAAAGAUGGUGAAGUUUGGCACCUCUACAAAUAAAAAUUCCAGGGCUGGUGAUCAAAAUGGAGUCUUCUGUCUUCAUAGGGGAAAUUUCAUUCUGCCAGAAUUUGCUUAACAUCAUUGUUCACCUUGGGGAAAAAAAGGCCCUGGGUAAAGAAAAAUUGAUUAAGACUUCUUGUCCCUUCUUCUGUUUGAUGAUCAGCUGGUAAGGAAAUGUUCAGGUUUUGGAGAGCUAAAACUCUGCUGUGAGUCUAGCCUCUCUAGAUUGGUAAGGUAGAGCCUGUAACUGUUAAGUGAGAACAAAUUUGCACUGCAGCCUUUAGAAUCAAUUUGUUCCCAGGUCCCAACUGUGGUGAAUGUUCUCACCCCCUAAGCACUGCCUGGAUUAUCAGCAUCCUGUUCACUGGGGCUCUCCUCAGAGGGUUCAGAACGGCCAUCCUGGGUCAGACCAAAGGUCCAUCAAGCCCACUACCCUGUCCUCUGACAGUAGCCAAUGG